AUGAGAGACGUGUCAAUAUAUACACGAAAGAGGAGUGAUAAAACGAAUAGACGGAAAAAUUCAUUCAUCUUUUUGUGCAGACGAAAUAAACUGUAAUAAACCAGAUAAAAUUGCAUCGGUUUGGGUUGAAGUUAUAGAAAAAGUGUAAUCCGAACCAUUAAUUUGCCGAAAACAGGGAUACUUCGAUAAUGUUAACCAAUUUCGAAACAAAAUCUGCCCGUGUGAAGGGUCUCUCAUUCCACCCGAAGCGGCCGUGGGUUUUGGCAAGUCUGCACAGCGGUGUUAUCCAACUGUGGGACUAUCGCAUCAGUACCCUGAUUGAAAAGUUCGACGAACAUGAUGGACCGGUGCGAGGAAUUGCUUUCCACAGCCAGCAGCCACUGUUCGUUUCCGGAGGGGAUGACUUCAAGAUCAAGGUGUGGAACUAUAAGCAGCGUCGGUGUAUCUUUUCGCUGUUGGGCCAUCUGGAUUAUGUCCGCACGACGGUAUUCCACCACGAGUAUCCGUGGAUUCUGAGUGCCUCGGAUGAUCAAACCAUCCGAAUCUGGAACUGGCAGUCGAGAUCGUGCAUCUGUGUUCUGACUGGACACAAUCAUUAUGUUAUGUGUGCGCAGUUCCACCCCUGCGAUGAUAUAAUCGUAUCGGCUUCACUGGAUCAGACGGUGAGAAUUUGGGAUAUAUCGGGGCUGAGGAAGAAGAACGUUGCUCCGGGACCCUCGGGUUUGGAUGAUCACAUGAAAAAUCCAACCGCAACGGAUCUGUUUGGACAGGCGGAUGCCGUUGUGAAGCAUGUGCUUGAAGGGCACGAUCGUGGAGUGAAUUGGUCCAGUUUCCACCCAACGCUGCCGCUGAUUGUAUCCGGUGCCGACGAUCGACAGAUUAAGCUGUGGCGAAUGAAUGAAUACAAAGCCUGGGAGGUUGAUACCUGUCGGGGUCAUUACAACAACGUUUCGUGCGUACUGUUCCAUCCGCGGGCCGAAUUGAUUGUGUCCGACAGUGAGGAUAAGAGUAUUCGCGUCUGGGAUAUGACCAAACGACAGUGUAUUCACACCUUCAGGCGAGAGCAUGAGCGGUUCUGGAUUCUGACCGCCCAUCCAAACCUGAAUCUAUUCGCCGCAGGUCAUGAUUCUGGAAUGAUUGUAUUCAAGUUGGAACGCGAGCGCCCAGCCUACGCGGUUUAUGGGAACUGUCUGUAUUACGUCAAGGAGCGUUUCCUGCGGGAACUUGAUUUUAACACCACAACCGAUUCGGUCGUAAUGACGAUUCGUGGUGGCGGUAAAACUCCCGUUUACAGUAUGUCCUACAAUCCAGCACUCAACGCGGUGCUUUUGUGCACGAGGACUUCCAAUUUGGAGAAUAGCACUUACGAUCUUUACAGCAUUCCGCAAAAGGAUAGUGGAUCUCAGAACGCCGAAACCGAUAGCAAGCGGUCGUCCGGAGUGACGGCCGUCUGGGUUGCCCGAAAUCGAUUUGCUGUUUUGGACCGCUCCAAUCAGCUUGUGAUCAAAAAUUUCAAGAAUGAGGUUACCAAAAAAAUACAAACACCUGUUUGCGAUGAAAUAUUCUACGCCGGUACCGGCAUGCUGCUGCUUCGCGAGCCGGAACACGUAACCCUGUUUGACGUUCAACAGUUGCGAACUUUGGCACAGGUGAAGAUUUCCAAAUGCAAAUAUGUCGUUUGGUCGGCCGAUAUGAGUCAUGUUGCGCUGCUUGCGAAGCAUACGUUGAACAUCUGUAACCGGCGGCUGGAUCUACUCUGUUCUAUUCAUGAAAGCGCUCGUAUUAAGAGUGGAGCCUGGGACGAGUCGGGAGUGUUCAUAUACACCACUUCCAAUCACAUUAAGUAUGCGAUCAUCAACGGAGAUCACGGAAUAAUUCGCACGCUGGAUCUUCCCAUUUAUAUCACCCGCGUUAAGAACAGUCAGGUGUUCUGUUUGGAUCGGGAAUGUCGCACCCGGGUGCUGAACAUUGACACGACUGAGUACAUGUUCAAGUUGGCGCUGAUUAACCGCAAGUAUGAGGAAGUUCUGCACAUGGUGCGCAACGCGCGUCUCGUGGGACAAAGUAUUAUUGCCUAUCUGCAGCAGAAGGGUUAUCCGGAGGUCGCUUUGCACUUUGUGAAGGAUGAGAAAACCCGUUUCGGACUGGCCUUGGAGUGUGGCAAUAUUGAGGUGGCCCUGGAAGCUGCCAAAGCUCUGGAUGAUAAGCAGUGCUGGGAGAGACUUGCGCAGGUCGCAUUAAUGCAAGGAAACCAUCAAGUCGUCGAAAUGUGCUAUCAGCGUACCAAAAAUUUCGAUAAGCUAUCCUUCCUAUAUUUGAUCACCGGUAACCUGGAAAAGCUGAAGAAAAUGAAUAAAAUCGCCGAAAUUCGGAAGGACGUCUCGGCUCAAUACCAGGGAGCUCUUCUGCUGGGCGAUGUCAAGGAGCGUGUUUCCAUUCUGAAGAACUGCAACCAAACGUCGUUGGCAUACUUGACAGCCAAAACACACGGUCUGGAGGAGGAUGCUAACCAGUUGGCUGAAACUAUUACCGCUACAGGAAAGGAUCUUCCGGAGGUCAAUGAAAAAGCCAAAUUCUUACGUCCACCGGUACCUAUUCAACAGGCGGAGAGUAAUUGGCCUCUUUUGACGGUGUCGAAGGGUUUCUUCGAAGGUACAAUGAUGUCGAGGGGAGCCGCAACAGUUCACCAAGCACUGGCAGCAACAGAGACCGUUGUGGAAGCAGCAGAGGAAGAUGGCUGGGGAGUCGAUGACGAUCUACGGGAUGAUGAAAAAUUCGACGAUGCUAAAGACGAUGAUGAUAUUAAAGUGGAAGGAGGUGAGGGAGCCGGUUGGGAUGUGGGUGAUGAUGAUUUGGAACUACCAGAGGAACUAAUCUCGAAAAUUAGUGCCAGCACUGCUGGUGAUAAGAGCUUUUAUGCCGUUCCACCGAAAGGAUUGCCUGCUUCACACUUUUGGACAAUUAACUCCCAGCUCGCGGCGGAUCACAUCCGCGCUGGGUCAUUCGAAACUGCAUUCCGACUGUUACACGAUCAAAUCGGUGUCGUUAAUUUUGCUCCAUAUAAAGACCUGUUUCUGGAAUCUCACCUCGGAGCGAAAACGUCUUACACUUGUCUCCCAAACAUUGGACCGCUUGCAGCAUAUCCGAAUCGCAAUUGGAAAGAGCUCAACAUUAAGAAUGGCCAUCCUACGCUCGCGCUAAAGCUCAACGAUCUGGUUCAAAUGUUACAGGCCUGCUAUCAGCUGACCACGACCGGAAAAUUCACGGAGGCAAUCGAAAAACUCCAGCAUAUUAUGCUUUGCAUACCUCUGUUGGUGGUUGAAUCACGACAGGAAAUCGCCGAAGCUCAACAGCUCCUUACAAUAUGCCGCGAGUACGUAGUUGGUCUGCAGAUGGAAACGGUUCGCAAGGGAUUACCGAAAAACACACUGGACGAGCAGAAGCGCAUUUGUGAACUCGCUGCCUACUUCACCCACGUGAACCUGCAGCCGGUGCAUCAAAUUCUUACACUGCGAACCGCUUUGAAUCUUUUCUUCAAGUUGAAGAACUACAAAACUGCGGCGUCCUUUGCCCGGCGGCUGCUCGAGCUUGGGCCGCGUCCAGAAGUAGCCCAGCAGGCGCGUAAGAUUCUGCAGGCUUGCGAAAUGAACGAAACCGAUGAGCAUACGCUGCAAUACGACGAACAUAACCCCUUCACGCUCUGUGCAGUCACGUAUAAACCCAUUUAUCGGGGCAAGCCGGAGGAGAAAUGUUCACUCUGUUCCGCCUCCUAUCUACCGCAGUACAAGGGCGUCACCUGUGUCGUCUGCAAAGUAUCCGAAAUAGGCAAGGAUAUAAUUGGGCUGAGGAUCAGUGCGUCACAGUUUAAAUAAUCGUGUGGAAAGUAUUCUUUCGUGAGUUAAUUAUAAGACGCAUUUUGAAUGGUGAAAAAUUUAUACUUUUAUUAAAUAUAAACUAUAAACUAUCCCUUUAUUGUAGUUCAUAUAAAAUUGCGUAUUAUGCAGUAUAAACAUAUGGAUAAAACUGACAAUGAAGUGAUUCCGAAAUCAAUAAACGCAUACUGACAGUUA